UUGGCUUGACAGUCUGCUGCUGCGGUAUCGACACACACUCAACACACAGGAGAGAAAGGUUCCGGUUAGCCCGACAAUUCACCAACACCGCCUGUUUUUGCCGCUUUAGGUUUAGGGCUACGGUAACAGCUGCUUGUAUCAUUUAGAAAGCAAAGGCAUUCGUAACACCAAGGCACAUAUUGUGUGUUAUUCCCGACUCUGCUAACCAGCUGGCUAAUGUUAGCUGCUUCCUGGUUGGACUUGCAGCCAUUUUGGAUUUUUUUACGGAGAAACAACUAGCCGGCCGUACUUCUGGGAGCAGUGUGAGCUAGACACCGCUUCAUCUUUCUUAUCUAAACAGCACGGUCGAUCUACGUUUGACGACAGAGGAUACUCUAUAUAACGAGUCGACAAUGAAUCCCGAAUAUGACUAUUUAUUCAAGCUGCUCCUGAUUGGUGACUCUGGUGUUGGAAAGUCUUGCCUUCUGCUCCGAUUUGCAGAUGACACAUACACAGAAAGUUACAUUAGCACUAUUGGUGUGGACUUCAAAAUACGAACCAUAGAACUAGAUGGAAAGACCAUUAAACUUCAGAUCUGGGAUACAGCAGGUCAGGAAAGGUUUCGUACAAUCACAUCCAGCUACUACAGAGGUGCUCAUGGUAUCAUUGUAGUGUACGAUGUCACAGAUCAGGAGUCCUUCAACAAUGUCAAACAGUGGCUACAAGAAAUUGACCGCUAUGCCAGUGAAAAUGUCAACAAGCUAUUGGUUGGAAACAAGUGUGACCUGACGACAAAGAAGGUGGUGGAUUACACAACAGCAAAGGAGUUUGCAGAUUCUCUUGGCAUCCCCUUUUUGGAAACCAGCGCUAAGAAUGCUACCAAUGUAGAGCAGGCCUUUAUGACCAUGGCUGCUGAAAUCAAGAAGAGGAUGGGCCCUGGGGCCACAGCCGGAGGAGGGGAGAAGUCCAAUGUGAAGUUGACCCCUGGCACCACUGUCAAGCCUUCAUCAGGAGGAUGCUGCUGAGAAAGAAACCACUUCAGCUCAACCCCCCCCGUAACCGUCUGCCGGCCUAUCUGCCUGGCCGCUAUCCCUCUCAAACUCCACUGUGUCCAAGCAAAGCCCCAUCACAACCGAACAGGACAGGGAAGACAUGACACAACAUGUCUAUGUGACAACAAGAUGAAGUUGCCUGUAUUUGUACUGUACAUAAUAUAGCCGCACUACCAAAAACAAAUAAAGCAUCCUUCUUGUCAUACAGUCCUGUUAUUAAUGAUAAAUUCUACACAUAGGCGAUCAUCCCAAACCCUGACACCCCAUCAACCCUAAUCUCAGACCUCUCAGAGACAACUCUUUUAUUUGGCCCUCUGAAUACAGGUCAAUGAGAACUCUGUGUGUGUGUGAGAAUGUGUGUUUCUCUGUGUGUGUGUGGGAGAAUGUGUGUGUUUCUCUGCAUUCCUACUGUGGGGUUGGUAAAUGAAUCUGUUUCAUUAAGGUUUCUGUUUGUAUGGGCCUUUUCUGUGGUUCUUUUCCUCAGUGAUUAUUUUGCUGUUUGUAUCAGCAUUUGUCUGUCGGUCUGCCCAAUUUGAAGAUGUUUUUUUUUUUUAUUUCCUCUCCAACUUGUGCACAGCAGUGUAUCACAGUCCAGCAUCUAAAGUCAAGUGCAACUGUAUAUGUACAUAGACAUUAUGUAUAUAUUAUGUCUCAUCUGAUUUGCCAGUUUGUUAGUGUUCAGUACAUCAUCGGGAUAGUCUUGACUCUUAUCUUUGCAUUAAAUUUGUGGCUGAAGACAACUGUAAGUUUGUUGCUCAACAUGUAACACUUCAACUGAAAAUAAAUAUUGUACUACCAGACUGUAUGAAAUGAGAGGACCCUGUCUGCGAUUCUUAAUUAGAUGUGUAGAAAAUCUGUUGGAAUUAUUUAUUCUAGAUUAAUUUGGCAAAUCUACUGCCAGUUAACUAGGGUCUGUUUGCAAAUUGCUGUGUAAUCUCAGUACAGAACUGCAUAUAUAAAAAUACAAUGUUCUCUUGUUUUCUUAAUAAAGGCAACUGAAUCCAGUUUGAAAGGAACUCAUA